UUGGUCAAAAGCCCAAAACAGUAAGAAAAGUGGUAAGAAAGGACAGAUCAGAGGGAACCCAGAAAGCAAAAAAGAAAAGAAAACAGAGAUCAAAGGCAAUUUUGACAAAUGGGACUUCAAUUUCUCUUUCAUUUCAUUCCAAAAACACUAUUUUUUUUGUGGUUCGACUCAGUUUUUGUAUAAAAUAAUUCAUUCUUUUUGUGCCCUUCUUCUUCUUCUUCCUCUUCUUCCAUGGAUCCUAAAACUUCAUCAUCAACAACAAAGCAGCCCCAAGAACUGGUACCAAACUUUUUGAACUUCCCACAAGAACAAUCAAUCAUGGGGGAAAACAAACCACCGGAAAUCAAAGAAGAAGGUAAGAAACAAUUAGCUCCAAAACGAAGCUCCAACAAAGACCGUCACACAAAAGUGGAAGGACGUGGUCGAAGAAUCCGUAUGCCGGCACUAUGUGCGGCGAGGAUUUUUCAAUUAACGAGGGAAUUGGGUCAUAAAUCCGACGGAGAAACCAUCCAGUGGUUGCUACAGCAAGCGGAGCCAUCGAUAAUCGCCGCCACUGGAACUGGAACGAUCCCAGCUUCUGCUUUAGCAGCAGUGGCGGGUUCCGUUUCGCAACAAGGGGUUUCUCUCUCCGCCGGAUUACAACAAAAAUUGGAGGAAUUAGGCGGUGGCGGGUCCAGUAGGGCCAGUUGGGGGAAUUUGGGGAGACCCCAUUUGGCUGCUGCUGCUGCCGCCGCCGCCGCAGCCGCCACAGCCACAGCGGUUUGGCCCUCCUCUGUCAGUGGGUUUGGGUUUCAGUCAUCAACUACAGCUGGUGUUGCUCAAUCAGCCACUAAUUUAGCUAAUGAAACUUCAAAUUACUUUCAUAAACUUGGUUUCCCAGCCUUUGACUUACCCCCCACCAACAUGGGUCCUAUGAGUUUCACCUCCAUUCUAGGUGCCAACUCUCAACAGCUACCUGGUUUAGAGCUUGGAUUGAGCCAAGAUCCCCAUAUUGGGGCUAUCAAUCCACAAGCAUUGAACCAGUUUUACCAACAAAUGGGCCAAGCUAGAGUUCAUCACCAUCAUCAACAACACCAGCAACCUCCUGCUAAAGAUGAUUCACAAGAUUCAGGGUAGAAAAUUGAAGAACAAGGACUCUUUUUUUUCACUUUUUUUCCUUUCAAUUUCCUUUUUUCUAAAUGGGUUUGUAUUGUAUUGUAUAAUUUCAAGAGAGAGAGAGAAAGAGAGAGAGAGAGAGAGAGAGAUCUUUACCUGGUUUGCACCUCCUCCCCCUGUGAAUGGCAAUCUUUCAAGCUCUUCUUCACAUGCCAGGUGUGAUUAUCUGCAACUUAGAGCAGCUUGGCUUGAGCUUAACUUCAUUUUUCUGUUUGUUUCUCUAUUCAAAAGGCGUGUUGAUCAUGUAAGGCAAUUUUACUUCUUUUCUAGUUCUUGAUGGAAUGAUGAACAAUUUGUUUGUGAAUUUUAAGGUAUAAUUUUUUCUUGUCCCCAAGUUUUCAA